AUGAUAGAGAAGUCCAACAACCCGUUCCUGAGCAUCGACCCGAUUGUGGACCGAGGAAAGGCGGAGGGAGAGGAGCAACCAUUGAUCAAUUCGAAGGGAAAGCACCAUGUAGACUUUACGCAAAUAGUGGUGUACUUGGUUGGGCUGUCUGAUGGCCUGACCCACCUGGCAUCAUUGGCCAUAUAUUACUUGUUCAAGGAUUAUUUUCGUCUAACACCAUAUCAGGUGUCCCUCAUAUUGAUGUACCCCUACAUUCCAUUUAUUUUAAAGCCAGCCAUAGCGCUCAUCACAGAUUCUGUGUCAAUCUUCGGAAUGAGAAGGAAACCUUACCUUUUCCUUUUCAGCUUAUUCCAGUCGUUAAAUUUUUUGGCUUUAGCAUUUCUCCAGCUGUCGGUCCUUGAGGCUACUCUCAUUCUCUUCUUCAUUUCACUGUGUGCCUCCUUCUGCACAACAGUGGCCGAAGCCUUGGUGGUGGAGAGUUCCAUUGGAAAAACCUAUUCCCAAGGAACAAACAAAGUAACAGAGUUUAUAGCAUCCAAAGCGAUAGGUAGUCUUUCAGUAGCAUAUUUUUCAGGAUAUCUUUUGGAGAAAAUUUCAAGGGAAUACAUUUUCAUGGCAACUUCGCUUUUUCCUCUCAUUAUUUCAAUAUCUUGUCUCUUCCUGAAGGAGAAGGAAUACACUUCACAGAAAAGUAUACUUACACAAUUUAAGGAUUUAAUAAAAUUUGUCAAUACGCCAAUUUUCCUGGGGCCUUUUCUUUACAUUUUUAUAUAUAUGUCUGGACCUGAUUAUGAUGAUGCUUUUUUUUUCUUUUGCACAAAUAAAUUGGGAUUCAGACCAUCAUUCAUGGGCACUUUAAGAUUAACCUAUGGUAUUGCUUCUUUAAUAGGAAUUAUCAUUUACCGCUUGUUUUUAAAAAAUCAAGGAUUGAAGAAGACACUCAUUUUAACCACACUCAUGUCCUUCCCAAUUUAUAUUUCACCAAUUGUACUGACAGAAAAAAUCAACACCUACUUUGGAAUUUCCAAUGAAUUGUUUGUGCUUAGUGGAGGCUUCUUAAUAGAAGCAAUUACAGAAAUACAGCUAUUGCCUUUGUUUAUUUUGACAGCAAAUAUAUGCCAGCCUGGAUUAGAGGCCAGUGUCUUCGCUACCAUUUUGAGCGUUAAAAAUUUGGGAUCACUGACGAAGAAAGGAACAUCUUCCUUCUUGACGUAUCUCCUAAGGAUAGAUAGCUACAAUUUUGAUAAUCUUAGUUUGUAUAUUUUCAUUUGCGGCUUCUUCCUCCUCUUCUCUCUCACACUUGUACCUCUACUUCCUGAGGAAGAGAAAAUUGAUAAGCUCAAGAACAAGCAGACACAACAGUUGCACGCGUAG